CUGAAUAAAAAGAAACCCCGCCAUUGAUUUUAUGUCUGGUUUCUAUUGGAAUAUAAGAGGGUUUAACAAACCAUCUAAACAUUCUAUAGUAAAGGACUGGGUUCGGAGGAGUGGUUUUCAGUUUGGUUGUAUAAUUGAGACGCGGGUGAAGGAGAACAAAGCUAAGAGGAUUAUUGAAGAGGUUUUUCCUGGCUGGUCCUCUAUCACUAAUUAUGAGCAUCAUCGACUGGGUAGAAUCUGGGUGUUAUGGAGUCCAAAAGUGAGGGUCACGCCUUGUUUCCAGAGCGCGCAGAUGAUUACUUGUUCGAUUCUACUAGAAGAUAUGGCAGAGGAGAUAUUCUGUUCCUUUGUAUAUGGUUUCAAUUUGGCUGAAGAGAGGAAAGAACUCUGGAGAGAUAUUAAGUCUCACCAAGACUCACCUCUAAUUCAGAAGUCGCCGUGGUUGGUUUUUGGUGACUUCAACGAGAUUCUGGAUAGUGUGGAGCAUUCAGAUGUUGAUUCAAGUCACGAUUCUUCAGGUAUGAGGGAUUUUCAGGAGGUGGUUAACUACUGCUCUCUUGUGGAUAUGUCAUAUCAGGGGCCGAGAUUCACUUGGAGUAAUAAGCGAGACAAUGGAGUUAUUUGCAAGAAGCUAGAUCGCACCUUAAUGAACGAAGUUUGGAUGAGGUUGUUCCCACAAUCUUAUUGUGUGUUUGAUGCUGGAGGGUGUUCAGAUCACCAGAGAUGUAGAAUUUCAAUCAGAUUGGAGGAAAUGAAGCCGAUGAAGCCGUUUAAAUUUGUAAACGCUGUGGUGGACAUGCCAGAGUUUCUUCCUUUGGUUGGGGAUUUCUGGUUAGGAACAGAGCCAUUGUUCAACUCAACGUCAGCCUUAUUCAGACUUGCCAAGAAACUGAAGGCUUUAAAGCCAGCUCUUCGGAAACUGAGUAAAGAGAAAGUGGGGGAUAUAGUAAAGAAGACAAAGGAGGCGUAUAUAAAGCUUUGUGAGCUACAGACUAAGACGCUAGAGGACCCUUCUCAGAUAAAUAUGGAGGCUGAGUCUGCUGCUUUGGACAGGUAGUCACUCCUGUCACGGAUAGAGGAAAAAGUCCUCAGUCAAAGAGCUAAGAUUCAUUGGCUAGAUGUUGGGGAUGGUAAUAACAAAAACUUUCACAGAGCAGCGAGAGUUCGAGAGAUCCGUAACUCUAUUCGGGAGAUCAAGCGAGUCGAUGGAACUAUCGCUGACAACCAAGAGGACAUAAAAAAAGAAGCAGUGGACUAUUUUCAGGAGUUUUUAACCCAUACUCCUCCGGAAUACAGUGGAGUGAGCACCGAGGAGCUUACUGCUCUCCUAAAUU